AGCGAAACCGGAAGUGCUUUGGGGAUAGUCCUCUCGCACCUGCUCAGUCGUCCAACUAUGGCCGCUGCUGCAGCAGGAAUAAACAAGCAGAUGGAUCCUUGUAUCCGACACGGCAGAGGAGCUCACGGGAACACGGUUAAGGUGUUGGAGUGUGGUGUGUGUGAGGACGUCUUCUCUCUCCAGGGGGACAAAGUCCCCCGUCUCCUGCUGUGUGGUCACACAGUGUGCCAUGAUUGUCUAACCAGGCUGCCCCUGCAUGGUAGAGCGGUCCGCUGCCCCUUCGACAGACAGGUCACUGAGCUGAGCGACUCUGGAGUUUGGGGUCUGAAGAAGAACUUUGCUCUGCUUGAGCUCCUGGAGCGACUCCAGAAUGGAGCCAGCAACCAGAUGGGGAUGGCGGAGGACGCCCUGAAAGGAAUGGGAGAAUGUAUAAUUCGCUGUGAUGAGGACGAGAGCCACACGGCCUCCAUGUACUGCACCGUGUGUGCCACCCACCUGUGUGCCGAGUGCUCCCAGCUCACCCACUCCACCCGCACGCUGGCCAAACACCGCCGGGUGCCGCUGGCUGACAAGCCUCACGAGAAGACCUUGUGCCCGCAGCAUCAGGUCCACGCCAUCGAGUUCGUCUGCCUGGAGGAGGCGUGUCAGUCUGGGCCUCUCAUGUGCUGCGUGUGCAAGGAGUACGGCAAGCACCAGGGACACAAGCACGCUGUUCUUGAGACUGAAGCGAAUCAGAUCCGUGCAUCCAUUCUGGACAUGGCCCACUGCAUCCGCACCUUCACAGACGAAGUGUCCGAGUACUCCAGGAAGCUGGUGGGCAUCGUGCAGCAGAUAGAAGGCGGAGAGCAGAUAGUCGAGGACGGCGUUGGCAUGGCGCACACUGAACACGUCCCCGGCACGGCGGAGAGCGCGCGGUCAUGCGUCCGAGCUUACUUCGCAGACCUCCACGAGACGCUGUGUCGGCAGGAGGAGAUGGCGCUGAGCGUGGUGGACGCCCACGUCAGGGAGAGGCUGAUCUGGCUGAGGCAGCAGCAGGAGGACAUGACCAUCCUGCUGUCUCAGGUCUCCACCGCCUGCCUGCACUGCGAGAAGACUCUUCAACAGUAUGUUGCUUCUGUCCCGUUGCAGGACGACUGCAGAGUUGUGCUGGCAAAGCAGGAGAUCAACUGUUUGUUGGAGACGCUUCAGAAGCAGCAGCACCAGUUCACAGAGCUGGCGGAUCACAUUCAGCUCGAUGCCGGCAUCCCUGUCACAUUCACUAAGGACAACCGGGUCCACAUCGGUCCGAAGAUGGAGAUCCGUGUUGUGACUCUCGGACUCGAUGGAGCUGGAAAAACCACCAUCCUCUUCAAGCUGAAACAAGACGAGUUCAUGCAACCAAUCCCGACCAUCGGUUUCAAUGUGGAGACGGUUGAAUAUAAGAACUUGAAAUUCACCAUCUGGGACGUGGGUGGAAAACAUAAGCUCAGACCUCUCUGGAAACACUAUUAUCUCAACACUCAAGCGGUGGUGUUCGUGAUCGACAGCUGCCACAGGGACCGACUGAUGGAGGCUCACAGCGAGCUCGCCAAACUACUGACGGAGAAGGAGCUGAGAGACGCCUUGCUGCUCAUCUUUGCAAACAAACAGUUUGCGUGUCUGCAGGACAUUCCUGGCGUCGUGUCGGUGGAGGAGAUGACAGAGCUGCUGAGCCUUCACAAGCUGUGCUGCGGGAGGAGCUGGCACAUUCAGGGCUGCGACGCCCGCAGCGGGAUGGGCCUCCACGAGGGGCUGGACUGGCUCUCCAGGCAGCUGGUGGCGGCCGGCGUCCUGGACGUCGCCUAACCGUAAAACAUCUCUCCUAACAACUGAACCGACCGACCCCCCCGGCCUCUGAGCCCUGCUCUCCAAAUAUUAACUCUUUAAGACUGCGGCUUCGAGCCUGCCCUCCUCAUCUUUCCUUCUUUGUGCACCAACGUGAGCAAAGAAAACUAAGAUGUAAAUACUUCACUGAAUCAGAAAAUGGAAACUACAAAACCACCCACCUUCAAGUUAAGACUACAAAUCCCAUCCUGCUUCAUUUCUAAGGCAGCUUACGCGGUGUAACACUUUGCUUACUUUCUUUGUUCUAACCUUUUUUCCCAGAGUUUAUCUGGCACCUCUAGCUAGCUGACUCACGUCCAGUAAAAAUGCUCCUCGUGCCCCGACAGAGUGAACUCUAUCUGUAUUUUCUAUCUCACGGUAUUCCUCAUAACCACCUCCAUAUGUGACGCUAGUCUUAACUAAAUGCAGAGUUGUCUGUAUUGUAGUGAUAAGUAUAAUUUACGUACCUUCUGUUGAUUCAGUAUACUCGGACAACACAUCAUAUAAUCCUGAGAAUUAAACACCUUUUAGCUUCAUUCAGUAUAUCUGCAGGUGAGACGGGACUGAAAUGUUCACUAUGGUUUAAAGGGAUAGUUUGGGUGUUUUGAAGUGGGGUUGUAUGAGGUAUUAUCCAUAGUAGGUGUAUUAUCUACAGUAGAUGGCGGGCGGCACGCCCCCAGCUUGGGGGCAAUGUAAAAAGCAAUGUACUACUGUGGACGAGGGCAGCAGCAAAACAGAUUUAAAAAAAAUCAAUAUUAUACACUGACUACGGAUAAGUACCUCAUCCAACCCCAUUUCAAAACACCCGAACUAUUCCUUUAGAUGAACCCAGACGACUUCAAACUGAUGGUUUCUCACUUUGCCUUGACAUCUUAUGUAAGCAAUAGCAGUUGAUGUUUCAUGGAGUCUUUAAGUUAUGUGUGUUUUUUUUUUUUAAGUGUACUGUAUGAACCUAUUUAAUGCCACAGCUGGUCUUGAAAUGGCGCACCAGUUUGAGUUUUCUGUUAAAGAACGAACUGUUUACUGAACUUAUUUAUGAGCGGGAACGUUACUUUGAUACGAGGCUGUUGGGAGAAGUUUUUACGCACCGGUUCUGCCUCCGUUUUGUGGAGUCUCGCUCGCAGAAUGUGUCGAAUGCACUUGUUUGUUGCCUCACUACCAGUUUAUUUGGGAGCAAAUGAACUACCUGCUGUUUCUUAGUAGACUCUUGAGUAUUAAUCUCACUGCUUAAGAGAAAAUAUUCCUAUUUAAACAUCUCACAAGUCCCGUUUCUGUGUCUGGAGUGCUUAGGAGAUGGUACACCUUUAAUCAACAGCCUUCAGUAAUAACGUAAUGUGAAACUUAGUGAAACAUUAAGCCUGAACACUGACACUUGUCUUGUUAUUAAGGACCCAUCAUUUGACUUUCUUUAUUCAUUGCUAUGUAAUGUUUACUACAUGUAUCUAUGUAUAAAAAUACUAAUAAAAAAAAAAAGUGCACGUGUGAAAAGCCUUUCCACAUAGUUUGUGAAAAAACAUUUCCAUUUGUUUUUGAAACGUAGAAGCACAACGCGCAUCGAAACCUUUGUUACCAGUGGACUUGAUGAUGGCUUUUGUAAAUUAUUCAUAAUGUGUUGCUGUAAAAUAAACUAAUUGACCUGA